AUGCCGCCGAGGCGUGCCAAAUUAAAGAGACCGAAAAAACGGGGAAAGUGUGCGCUGCCCUCGAGGCCGGCGGGUUGGGUGAGAAGGGUGGAGGGAGUUCGGCCGCACGUCCCAGUCAAGAAGGAAUGUGGCCACGCUUUAAGCGCUGCUCAGCUCCCCCUUCCUUCGCCGCUUCGAACUCUGUCACCGUCGAAACCCGAAGGGGAUUGAAGCCGGCCCCGACCUACUUAAUAUUAGGUGUUACAGACAUUUGCGCGACGACUUUCAAACGAGUUUUGUUUCGAGGACUCGAGUGUCUAGGCCCUGUUAAUGUCGUCUUUGCAUCGAUCUCGAGUUGUGCAAACACGUACUUUACGCUUCCAUGUUUGUCGUUUAUCAUAUACUUUUAAACCCUUCCUUUCACUCACUUGGCCCUUGUGUUUACUCUCGUUUUGUUUCAGGUGGCGCUCAUGAAAUUGGCACAGGCGGCGACACUGACAUUCUGCCUUUUCGUGUUCGGAUGCGCCGGAUCCAUCUUAGCCCAGGUAACCAGAGAAAACCCAUUCACCAAACGAUUCCAAAAUGCCAGAUGUUCUUUUGACAUACGUUAAAUUCGAUUCUAAUUAAUGCCUAAAGUGUAACAGACUAUUCAAUUAAUCCGGUUCUUCUAAUUGGCUUGUGUUUAUAGGAGACCCUCUCCUGCGGUCAGGCCUCGUAUCAAGUCAACUUUGAGCCCGCCAAGCCUCAAGUCGCCUCAGGUCCCGCCAAAUACACCUUUUAUCCUAUUGAACUGUUGUUCGGGGCCAAUGUUCAGAUAUGUAAUCUGACCUCUCCUAAUCCGCCCCUGGGUGAGGGAAAGACCGCAACCAUCAAUGGUCUCGAGACUCGCUUCAUCAUCACAUAUUGCGAGAGUUGUUCGAGAUGUAUCAGCAAACUGCCAAUUCUCCACAAGAUGGCUACUCAAGUGGCUACUGACGCUGGUCUGACUUCGAUGCUCAUCAUUGUCCGCAACUCCUUCCAAGGCGUCAAACUAGACAACACUAAUGUGAAGUUUGUGCAAAUGGAUGAGGAACCAGAAGUGAGUAAUGUCUGCGAGCUGGUGGAUUCGGUAGACAGUGAUGCCCUAAGGUCUUUUUCGAAGACUUCUGUCCUUUUCGUGAGCAUAUCUUUCAUUAUUCUGAUGGUAAUCUCAUUGGCGUGGUUGGUUUUUUAUUAUGUGCAACGCUUCCGUUAUGCCCACGCUAAAGAUCGGCUUCAACGGAGACUUUUUAAUGCAGCUAAGAAGGCACUGACACAUAUCCCCACCAAGCCCGUCAAAGCUGGCGAUAAGGAAUUGGACUCUGAUUGCCCUGUUUGCAUCGAUCCCUAUCGAGCUGGGGAUAUCGUUCGUAUGUUACCUUGCCGGUAGGUUUCCUUUUUCUCACAAUUUUAAUAAUUUAACGUUUCCCCUGUUAUACGCAACCAUUUCAGACAUGUCUUUCACAAAACUUGCGUGGAUCCAUGGCUCUUAGAGCACCGCACCUGUCCGAUGUGUAAGAGUGACAUCCUCAAAGCAUUCGGUUAUCACGUGAACGUGAGCAGUCGAAGGCGGACACAGUUCUCGGCUCCGAAUGAUGACCAGCAUGUUGUUCAUGUCGCAAAUGAGGAUCGUCUGAGUGUGGACGCCAACUCAACCACCAGUGAAUCGAAUGCGUAUCCCUUCCCGGUAGUCACAGAGAUCCAUGAUCCAUUCAGUUUCACACCUUCGACUUCACCUCAGUUAGUUCAAGUCAUGCAUGCCACGAAUGCCCGAGGAUUCUCGAUCAUUCCUUUGACGGUGCACAGUGCAAAUGCAACCACAAAUGGGCCAAAUUACACUACAGUAAAUGCCACUGUUGAAAGACAUGUCCCCUCGUUCAGUUCGCCAGUUUGUAAAAGUGAGUACUCUUACAACAAGUUCUGAAUAUUACAAUUACGGCUCUGGGCGUAAUUAUUAUAAAACACUUAAUUAUUAUGCACUCGUAAACUCUAAACUCAUAAUUAUAGGUGAAGCCAACUCCUCCACAUGCAAUACGGGUCGUCAGUUGCGCAACUCGAGCUCUGCCAAACGAAAUCGAGGCCACUUUGUGAACCUUGUCCAUGUCAGAUCUCGCUCUUUAAGUCAUUCCCAAGUCCCUGAUCAACUGGAAUCUGUAGUGCCCGAAGCAGUUCAACCUCAACGACCAACAGCACUCUUUCGGACAGGUCGCGGAGGCACAGACAUCGAGAAACAAACAGAGGAAUCCCCUCAAAUCAUGAGCCCUCCGUCUCCAGCGCCAGUUUCCCUUCCAAACAUUGACCUAAGCUCACCUCCAGAUCAAAUAUUGGUGCAUAAAAAGUAUUCCCCAGCCGCCGCUCAUGUGAAACAUGCCAUGGUACAAUCAGCAAAGAUUAGGCCACAGACAACGGGCGGGGUGGGGGUCAGGAGACUGUCUGGAGAACCCAAUUUGAACACGCCUUCCUCACCCACGGGCUCCUUUCACGACGCUCCUGAUUCCAAACCCAUCCAGAAAGACGGGAUAAGUGUAGAAUCUCUUUAA